CCGACAUUUCAUUCCUUAUCGCCAUGCGGAAGUGCUCGAUAAAUGCGUUCUGAAUGGUGUAAAGGCUUCUUAUGGUGAAAGUUUUGAAUGCAUUGAGUUUCUAACUCUUGCAUCACAUUAGCUUUAGCCAUAAUGAUAGAAGUAGCCCCGAAAUUAAGACCUUCAGAAUACUUCUGGAAAUACGGAUAGUUUGACAGUGUGGUAUCCAAGAAGCUCAGGAGGUCAGCUUCGGGAGGUCCCAUGGACCGCGCUGCGAAGCUGCAGGAGAUUCGCGAGCGGCAAAACCGAUGGCUCCGAGAACGGCAGGCAGAGCUGGACCGGCGGCAUGUAGUUUCGGAGCUGCAGCAGCAACAACAACAUCACAGCAGCAGUCCCCAGCCGCAGCAACGGCGAGGAGGCGUCGCCGCCGCACCGGCACCGGCGACCGCCGCCGGCGGCCUUUCGCCGGCUGGCGUGACGUUGCCGCCGCUGGCAGCGGCCCCAGUCUCGUCCGUCAGCGGCAACGGCCCCCUCAGCGCCGCACCUUCCGGCGUGCUCCCCUCCGCCCUGGGGGGGGUGGGGGGGGUGAAGCCGGAGGAGGUGAUUGACCGUCUCACAGAGCGAAUCACCGACCGACUGCGGAACGAGCUCAAAGUGGAGCUGCAGGCACGCGCAUUUCAACUAUGUUUGUGGAGGGACCCCAAGUCUGAACCUAACCACAACCCGGGGCGGGAGAGUGAGAGUCUAGCCGCGCAGCAGGGCGCUCUGGACACCUUCUUGGUGAAGGAGCUGGAGAGUCAGAACACAUGUCCCGUGUGUUACGAGCUAAUGGUGCCGCCCCAACACGCACCUGUGAUGCUGUUCCCUUGCGGUCACAGCUUCUGUGGCCGCUGUCUGGAGCAGCACAUUGACCGCAACAAGAAGACGCAGUGCCCCAUCUGCCGCAAGAAGAUCGAGUCCAGGGCCCCCAACUACAGCCUGCAGCAGCUCAUUCAGCAGGUGGUGGCGAAGAAGGAGUCAGCUUCUCGCGGGGGCCCCGCGGCCCUGGGGGGGCCGCUGUCGCCGGGGGCCGCGGCGGGUGGGGGGAUGUCGCCCGGGGGCCCCCGGGGGGAGGGGGACGGAGAACCGUGCAGCAAUGUGGACAGACUGGCUGCCGUACAGGCCGAGCUGGAUCUGGUUCGCGAGCAGCUGGGCCACCAGGGGGCUAAGGUUACGGAUCUCGCCCGGCAGGCGGAAGCUGUACGGCAGCGGAAGGAGCUGUUGGAGGCCACUUUGGGUCCUUUGGAGCAGGAGGUUGAGAAGCUGGAGGUGCUCAUGGCGGGCGUGAUGGAGCUCCGGGGUUGA